GAAUGCGGGGUGGGGAUAUGCUUUUUCGCAUCUUUGGUUACUAAGGUAACGGGGGAUGUGCCAAUCAGUAGGCUGAGGCUCGGUCCUGACAAGCAGAAGGCUCCGCCGGGAGAAGCGUCUAUAGUAACGGGAUCUAUUUGCGGCGGAACACCGGGUGCCUUGUAUCAGCUGUGCCGGGAGGUGGAAAGAUGGUACACAAGCGGGUGGACUGUACCGAUGGGCCCAUACCCAUACCUGGCAUCUGAGGUCCACUCUUAAGAAUGACUGCAGGCUCUAUAUGUGUACCACAGAUUAUACCACUUCGGGUUCCCGUUCCGGGCAAAGGGAAGUAUGAAGUAGACACAAAUACUCCAAUUGAAAUCAAAUCAGAUACACCAGAUGUCUCCAUAUUUUAUACACUUGAUGGGAAUAAGCCAGACUUCUUAAAGAAAACCAGUUACCCAGAAAACACCACAUUGAAAUAUCGAGGGCCAUUUACAUUGCCUGAUGGUAAAAUAACCGUCAAGGCUGUGGCAGUCAGCAGAGAUGGCCGAGAAAGUGGGACUGUAACUAAAGUUUUCAUUGUGGAAUACAUUGCUCCAGAGAUAGACUCGUCAGAUGAGGACAACGAUGAAAACUUUCUAAAGGAGCUUGCUAAACAGGAUAAGGUUAUUUCUCCGGCAAAAACAAAGAAGAAAGAUGUCACAUUACAGAGAACAUCAGCCUGGGAUGACACCACACAGACUCUCGGAAUCGGUGAAACAAAUGGUAGACUCAACAAAUCCUUUACCGGUCCAAGAUUUCUGAACAGUCGCCUAGGAAAACCCAACCAAGGAGAAGAGCCAUUGUCUGCACUUCAGACACAGAGGUCUCAGCUUAAUGGAACAUCAGAACCUAUUCUUCGAAAGAGUCUGACAAGUACGCAAAGUAUGAGAAUCCAGCGGGAGACUGAUUUCCUCAAGUGUGCUCAUUGCUUGGCACCUCGGCCAUCAGACCCUUUUGCGCGUUUCUGCCAAGAAUGUGGAUCUGCAGUCCCUCCUGUGCCUGGACGUCGUCUCCCACCCCCUGAGGGAGGACAGAUGGGGCUGUGUGUGGAGUGUAGGACAAUGGUCCCUAUGAAUACUCCUUCCUGUAUUGUGUGUGAAGCGCCAUUAUAUCUUCAGAUGCAGCCUCAAGCUAGUAUGAACCUUAAGGACAAAACCAUCUGUCGUUUCUGUGGAACUGGAAAUCCCAUCAAUCUAAAGUAUUGUGUGACCUGUGAGGCAAAGCUGCCAGAAACUCAAAUGACAAUGUUCAGUGGGGAUUCAGCUCCCCCGCUUCCAAACCAGCUGGGCAAAAUGCAGAGCUGUUCCAAGUGCGGCCGUGUGAACCUGUCAGAAGCCCGAUUCUGUGACUGGUGUGGGGCAAAGCCAGGUCCUUCGGUGAGUUACCUGACCUGUUCCAAGUGCAGUGCUAGCAACCAGCCAUAUGCCCAUUUCUGUUCCUCUUGUGGGGUUUACCUGGAGCCUCCAGCAAGAUUUUCCACCCACCAGAAUAGUAUGGUACGACCUGCAGACUGCUUAGCAUUAUCUGGUGAUUUAGAUGGACGAGCUUCCUGGCAAGCUUUAGCAGUCUCCUUGCCGAACACAAGGCUAGAUGUAGACAAAAUGGACAAAGGAACCCAGACCGUUGGAUUGUUUUACCCAUCUAGCAAGCUGAUGGAGAAAAAGGAGCUAGAAUUAUUGAAUGAAAAAGAAAAGAAAGAAAAGAUGAGCGAUCGCAAGGCUGUGGUGACAGCCAUCAGCCCUGGUCGAGGCUAUUGGAGGCAGCAAUUGGAUCAUAUCUGCGCUCACCUGCGCUGCUAUACACAGAAUGAUUCUCAGUUUAAGGCUUUAAUCGGAAUGCCUCGGAUGGGAAGGAUCAUUUCGGCAACAAUGCAUGAAAAUGGCUAUGAAGUCAGUUUCAGGCUGAAUUAUGUUUUAGUAACAGAUAAGAAUGUUGUAACCGGGAAGCCAAUGAUGCUGUCCAAAAAUCACUUCUUGAGCAAUGUGACGGAGGGCAGAGAUGACUACGAUGAAACUCAGUCUAGUGUGGCUAGUGAAGAUGGGCUGAGUGCCACAAGCAACAAUGGAAAAGCAAAAAGGUCCAAGAGAAAAAACAGAAAACCUCUUCAGAAAGAAGACAGACUCCCGCCCGAAGAUCGCAAGCUUCUUAAGGAGGUUGGUCCUAAAGGAGAAGGGAAGAUUUCUACUGUGGAGGAGCUCUUGGAUGAGGGAGCGGAUCCUAACUGCUGUAAUAAUGAAGACCGUCCAGUACUGACUGUGGCUGUCCUGAAUGGACAUCAUAAAGUUAUACCAGUCCUGGUACAGAAGGGAGCAGAUAUAGACCAGCAGUCUGGACCACACAAAAAUACCGCUCUCCACGAGGCUGUUCUACUUGGUUUGGAAGGAAAGAAAUCUGUAGAAGUAUUAUUAGGGUGCAAUGCAAGUAUUAAAAAGAAAAACGAUAAAGGGAUGACAGCCCAAGACCUGGCCCUGAAGAGCGGAAAUGAGCAGAUCUCCUCGCUCUUCGCCUCGAAGAUGGGGCAAGGCAUGUUGGACAAGCUCAUCAAGCCUAAAAACAUCAGUCUGGAAGUGUUCUGAACCGUGAUCACUAAUGACCAAUCCUUAUGCCUUGAUCCUUUUCCUAAUUUUGGUCAUAUAAUCCGAAAAUGAUAAAAAGCAGAAUCCAGCACUCUGUCAGGAUUAAAUAAAAUGUACCUUGUGGAGAAAAGAAAAAAGCUAGACUAAGGGUAUGUUCACACUACAGAAUCUCUGCUUAAAGAUAUUCCGGAUCUGUGAUUCUGUCUAAGCAUCUGUCACCAAAAUCCUUUGGAUCUAGGACCGUGCACACCUGCGAUGUCAUAAUUGACGCAAUGCAGGUGUCUUGUAAUUCCGCCAAAAGAAUGAACAUGUUUAUUCUUGCAGUGUGUGAAUUUCUGCAGCACAAUUUUUCACUACUGAAACUCAGCAGUGUGAAGGGGUCACCGGAAGACCUAUUCACGCCAAUGCUGGAUUAGUGCAGCGGAUUUUCAAGCAGAAUUCCUGAUCGGAACAUGCCCUAAGCUUUACACAUACUGAGGUGGACACAGUUACAGGGGUACUCCCGUGGCAAACUUUUUUUUUUUUUUUUUUAAAUCAACUGGUGCCAGAAAGUUAAACGGGUUUGUUAAUUACUUCUAUUAAAAAUUCUUAAUCCUUCCAGUACUUUUUAGGGGCUAUAUACUACAAAAGAAAUGCUUUUCUUUUUGGAUUUCUCUGAUGUCACGACCACAGUACAGGAAGGAUUAAGAUUUUUUAAUAGAAGUCAUUUACAAAUCUGUUUAACUUUCUGGCACCAGUUGAUUUUAAAAAAAAAGUUUUCCACAGGAGUACCCCUUUAAGCUAUUGAAAGGAAACAGCUGGUGGUGUAAUACUAACGUUAUUCCUGGAGUAUCUUAUGCCAUAGAUGCCAUAAGCAUUUUAAAAAAAAACACGUAAGGCUCCUUUCACACUACAGGCAUUUUUACUGCCGUUAUUUUACAUGAUGAAAGAAAAAACUGGAUGCAAUAACUGGUAAUAACGGAGGAUAACUGAUGACCAUAAUCUGUUAUUUUUAAUGUUUUUUUCCUUAAAAAACCUGAUGUUAAUUCGUUAUCAUCCAUUAUUACCAGUUACAUCCGUUUUUUUAUUUUUAUGAGGUUUUUAACCCUUUUUUUUUUGUAAAGCUGUACUGAGCAUGCUCAGUACAAAACACGGAUGUUAAAAAAACCUGACAAUAACUGAUGAUAAUGGAUGUUUUUUUUUUUUUUAACAUCCGGUUCCCAUAGACUUCAAUGUUAAAUUUUAACGUCCGGUUUUUCACCAUUUUUUUGGGCCGGAGCAAAAAUUAGUGCAUUUUGUAAAAAGUUUUUUGUAAAAAUCGCAACUUUUUCACAAGGAUAACUGACAUUAGUAAAAACAGACAUGCCUGAUGCAAAAGGAUGUUCAAAAAAUCCCAUUGACAUGAAUGGGACUUUUUGCCAGGAGUAAUAACGGAGGUUUUUUACAGGAUGAUACCUGUAGUGUGAAAGGGGCCUAAGUACAAAAGAAUUUACAGAAUUUGGGACUGGAUUUGAUUAUAAAUAUUUUCCAUGACACAACCUCUUUAAAGAGAACCUGGCAGGUCCACAGGGCCUCACACACCGGCCUUCAGACCCAAUGGUAAGGAGAACAGCAUUCUGAUGCUAAUUUCUUCUGCUCUAUGCGAUGCAACAGAGAGCUAAAAAACGAAACUUAAACCGCCAUGUGCUGUGCUUGAUAUCCAGUCAAUAGGGAGGGGACACAGCAGCUCCACGAUGCCCUCCUGCCAAUCAUUCUGUAUUGACAGCCUGUGUACAGGGCUUUUCCAAUCAGGCCAGUCUGGGCAAAGGGAGGGCAUGGCUCAUGUGACUAUAAGCUGCCACAUCCCCUCCCCCAUAACGAUACCAAGCACGAAACACAGCAUUUGGGUUAAGGUUACACGUGCAGUAUUUUGCUGCGUAUUUUCCUACCCACUGAAGUCAAUGGAUAGCAAAAUUAGGCUGGGUUCACAUCACGUUAUUCCCUAUACGGAACUGCAUAUGGCAGGGGGAGCAUCAAAACUUGCGCUCCCG